AUGCCUAAUGUGCUAAUCUAUAGUUACCUUGAUGCUUUGGUGGAUGGAGUUAGCUACAUUUUAGAUGCUCUCCUUUAUGCCCCUCUCGAUUUCUUUGGGUUUUUAGGCAACCCGCUCACUGUUUUACAAUUGCCCAGCAGAUGGUCACCGAAGAUCAUUGCAGGAUCGGCGACAAUCCCAAGAGAGUUAACUAACACAUAUCAACUGAAGCUCAGGGAAACAAUUAAUAGCAAAUCAUUUCAAACAAAUCCCAUCAAGGAGAAACUACUAACAAAAACACCACAUUUACUAUCAAAAGGCCUUAAAUUUUCAAGAAAUUUAGCCAACAAAAGAAAAGGGCUAUUUUCAUCGAACGCAACGAGAGAGCAAAACUUUAAACGGAAACAAUUAUUAAAUGGUCAAUGUCAGCGACAUGGUCUCAGACACCCUCCACUUAAUUAUCUGAUGCUUGUGAACCACCAACAUAAAAUGGUAUUCUGCUACAUCCCUAAAGUUGGUUGCACAUUCUUUAAACGCCUUAUGUUGAUUCUCAAUGGGAAAUAUCCGAAUGUUUCUAGUCCGUAUGAUAUAGCACCAACCAAAAUACACGUGUUGCCAAUAGAUCUCCUUUCGACUCAUCCCAGAGAAAAUGCCGCAGUCUUGAGGGCUUACAAGAAAGUAGUUUUUGUCCGGGAUCCUUAUACACGCCUUUUUUCAGGUUAUCUCGACAAAAUGUUUAUGCCACGACAAAUGUUUAAAACCCUGUGUACUUAUAUUAUUAAAACUUUUAGGAAAAGUGUGGUUAAAAAUUCAAGUAUUACAUGUCCUCUUGAUGUAACUUUUGAAGAAUUUUUGCGUUAUGUUAUCCAUUCAAAUCAGAACAAUGUAAAAAAAAAUUAUCAUUUUGGUAUGAUGCAUGAUCUGUGUGGUACCUGUGAUAUCAAGUAUGAUAUCAUAGGGAAACUCGAGACUUUUGUCCCUGAUUUGAAUUUAAUGUUUGAAGAAAUUGGUGAAAGUCAUAGAAUGCCAGUCGAAAAUUUGGUAACUGAAAGGGUUGAAGAUGAUCUUACAGCUGUCGUUGACUACGCCUUUCAUACCAAGAAGAAUACAUGUAUGGAUUUCUCGCAAAUUUUGCGCCGCACAUGGCGAAGAGCUCAGAUUCGAGGAUUCGUCAGUAUGGAUUUAGAUUUCCCUUUUACCAAUAACCAGACAUUAUUUGUAACUCAACAAGAAUUUUUAGAUACUAUUAAAGAUGCCAGUCUGGUUUCAAGAAAUGAUAAAAGUUUAAAAGUCAUCAAAAGUGAAGCAAUGUCUUACGCUUAUAGUACAGUACCGAUGGAUGUUUUAAAUCAAUUAGAGGUUCUUCUAAAAGAUGACUGUUUACAAUUUGGAUACGACACAAGGCCAAAACAUGUAUUCGAAGCCAAUCAACGAACAUGGAAUUUUAAUUAUUUUGAUGUUUGAGAUAUAGACAUUUAAAAUGAAGCACAAUUUAUUAAUAAUUUUGAGGGUAUUUAUGGUUUUGCUUUUGCGUAUAUGUUGUUGUUCUUGUUUAGCACUGCAUCACCUUCAUUGAACUCAUAUAAAGACAUCAUGCCAGGGACGAUUACAUCAUUAGUUUUCUAAACCAGGCCUACAGUGUCUAUCUACUGUUUCAUGUUUUAGACGGUUGGAUAUGAUGUGAGAGAGAUAUAGCUCUUACUUCUAGAAGGCGACCGCAUACGUGUUUUAAAGUAUUUUAUUUAUACUAUGUAAGGGUACACGCCAUACACAUUUCUGAGCGACAUGUGAUAAACAUUUCUGAGCGACAUACAUCAUUGUUUUACCGCAGCUUCAGUCUCGCUGUGUAUUCUACCUCUGCAGCAUCAUGGAUACAACUCAGUGAGUUGAAAGAUGAUGCUCCGAUAUAUAUAUGAUCUAUGAAAGUUUCUCUUAAGUAUAUUUCUAUAUAACAUACAAUCAUAUAAUGCUAAGUAUAAAUAUUGAUAUAAAAUGUACAUAUAUAAUAGGGAAUGUUGAAAAUAAAUAAUACUAGACUGAAAAAAUUACGAAACGGCUGUAAUCAUAGAGAAAUCAUAUGGAAGUAAUAAAUCUGUAUUCACUUCUUAUGCAUCCUGAUUAUAUGAUUAUAUCGUGAUGAUGGACUGAUUUUAUUAAGAAAUUUGAACAGUCAUAGGUAUGAUAAAUUUAUGGAAAAUUUGAUUAAAUAAUUUCAGGAAAAUAGAAGACACUAACCUUAUUGCAGUUAAUCUUUUAGACACAGCCUUGAAAUUAGAUAAUACUUGAUUAACUUGUUGAUAUUUUUCCAGCCUUAUAAUUUAAGGUCUAAGGAAGAUAACUCUUUUAACUUUUAUUACUUUCUACAUUUUAGUUUUGCCUUUUUUUUUUUUUUUUGCUUUUCGUUUUCCGUUUUUUUAACCUGACGUGUUUUGUAUAUCCUGUCUUCUCAGCUUUUUCGCGUUUCUUCUCUCAUCCAAUUUUUUAGUUCGUUAUGAUAUGUGGUUUGUGUUUGAUGAAUAUGCUUGAAAUAUUUCUCAACAUAUUGAUACUAUUAGUAGCACUUAAAGACAUGUAUUGUCCUUUAAAUAAAUAUUUAUCUCUCACCAGAUAGA